AUGGCCCGCGCAGAAAGCGCUGCGAGAAAGAACAAGGUCAAACGAAGCCAUGCGGGUAGUGGAACGGAGAGCGAUGGGAACGAUGCAUCUGCAUCCGAAUCAGAAGAUCUGCGACACAGCCAUAGCAAUUCCUCGUUGGGGAUGAGCAUCGGAAGACCAAUGUCUCGUGGCAGCAUCUCGUCCGCGCGCACUUCAUUCUCCCUUGGUCGCGACGCGGACACCGCUUCAAUCUCGGGUGCCAGCGUGCUCAGCUCGGCAAGCACGAUCAGAGCCCCGUUGGCGCUCGGAGAUGUGUCGCCUGCGUUCUUUGAAGCUACGCUCGAGUACCUCUACACGGCAGAGGAGAGCAUGGUAGAAGCUUUUGAAUUCCUCUUCGAAGACCGGCCGGCUCUGGCAGGGAAAGCGGAAGAACGACUGGAAAAGCUGCGCCAAGACCUCGUAUUCAUGUGGCGAAGCAGGCUCUACUCUGAUGUUCGCAUCAUGCUAGACGAUGCGUCUGGUGGUGGAGCUGUCGAUGCACCAUUGCAGGUGCGCACAAUACCAGACAACGCUUCUGCUUAUUCCAUCGCAGCAACGGUCACAGAUGCAGGGCAUGGUGACGAGGAAGGUCAAGGCGGAGAAGGUGGACCGACAUUUUUCAGCACACAUCGCAUGAUGCUUGUGUCUCGCAGUCCCUACUUCGCCGCCCAACUGCUCGGUCCGUACGCGGACUCUCACACCCCGGUUCUCCGCUUGCCUAGCCCGCCUUUCACACCAGCGAGUUUGCACUUCACCCUCGGCUUUCUCUACACUGGGACUUUGUUCUUCUCGAAUCGGACCUUCGACCUAGCCACUGCGUUCCAGCUCUGGAGAUCCGGCGCGUACCUGCAAAUGGACACGCUCCAAUCUCUGAUAUCAUCUUUGAUCGCUGCCGAUUUCUGCCACAAUUUCGAUUGCUCGCCACCCUGCAAAACAUGCACAAAGCGAGUUCCUCGUGUGCUCGCAUUCGCUUCUGCACCUGAUGUUGGAGAUCUACACUUGCGGGACAGUGCACGUAGAGCUGUCAGCGGUCCGCAUUUUGGCUCUUACUGGUUCAAGGAUGUUGGGUCUUUGGACUACGCUUCACGCGGCGCUCUAGUGGCGGACGUUUGCCAGCGCAUCGAGGCGCAUCCCCCUGCCGCUCUAGCUGCUCUUGGGCAGCUCGUCAACAUAAGCACGCGCAUAGAUCGUGAGCGAUCCAGCGCAUGGGUAGACGCGCUGCGGUGGAUGUGCGAGAGCGUAGAAUCGCACAUCUGUGCGAUGUUCGAGCCUCAUAUUGCUACCAUUGUCGCAAGCGAGGAAUGGUGGGCACUUUUGGACGGAGUGGGAUUUGCGUCGGAUGUGCUCGAAAAGGCUAUGCUACUUCUCAUGGAUGGUCUCAACGAGAAGCGCGCACCCAUGACGUACCAAAUCAUUGUAGGUAGCGUCCUUUUGAGAGAAGAAGGACCGCCGCCCGAAGGCACGUCGAAGCAGCUUGUUGAAGACGCGCGAGAUGGCAUUGUUCGCUAUCUACGCAAACGAUGGAUCAACGUAAGAGCUCUAUCGGGAUUCGAUGUAAUUGAGAAUUGGGCAUUGAAGGAGCUCAGUCAUGAGCUGGAUGUUCCCGUCGAUGAUCUACUUGCACCAAAGGUUACCAAAGCCGCAGAGCCAGCUCGUACCCGCACGGGACUGCGCGCAGCUUCUACAAGCAAGAAGCAAGCCCCGGAGGAGAGCGAGCGUGUGGGACCAAUACACAUGCGUGCCGAGGCCAUGAACAGAGCCGCGGCUCGAAAGUCUGCAGGCUCGGCUCAGCAAACGAGCACCAGUGGCGCAGCCACAGGAGCAGUCAGGCCACCUCGCGCAGCCGCAGCCUCAUCCGUCAUGUCCCGUCCAAGAGGAUCCUUCGCACCUUCAUCGGUCUCGUCCACAGCGUCGCCCCUUUCACGAGCUUCAUCGCCGAGUAGCGUCUCUCGCGCCGCGUCGCCGUCGAAUGCUAGCACGCAAGCUAGGAGCUCCGUGCGGUCAAGCGGAAGCAGCGUUGCUAGCGCUUCGAGGCCGACACCUGCCCGCACGACCUCAGCUGCUGGAUCUCGGUCCGCAGAUGUGACUACACCUUCAACCGCACGACUUGCAGCUCCCUCACAAGUCAGAAGAGCUCCGUCUGUCGCUUCACUUGCCUCAGCAUCUUCAUCUGUCGUCGAAUCGCCACGCACGCCGACGAGUUUGGCUGGGAAUGCGGUCAGAACGCAUACCAGGACCACGAAUGGCUCCGCACGGAAUCGUCUCGACAGCAAUGCAAGCGUUCUCUCGAAUCAAUCCACAUCAGCUGCGAAAUCUCGAACGCCUACAGCGCCGCAUGCUCUGGGCGCUGGUACCGCGAGCAACUCUAAUUCCCUGCGUCCUGAAAGCGCCCCUCAAAAUACCCCGCCGAGGCCCACUCGCACAUCGUCGCAAGCAAUGUCGCCCGCUACAUCUCAACGAACACCCACUGCUAGUCUGCGGUCUGUUCGAAGCAGCACGAGCCUGGCGGCCGAUGCUGCGCCAAACACGCCGCGAGCGAGUGGACGACCUGCAGACAGACACGCUCCUUCUGCUGCAGGAUCUUCCCCAUCUAAAGCAACGGCGGCUGCUGACGUCAGAAGACACACGUUCUUGAAGGCUACACCCAAGCCGGCGCAGGCAAACUUGGCUGCUACUAAAGCUGGUGCAAGUGGGACCAGUGGAACGCGGCAAAGGCUUUCAAGCACGGCGUCCACCGCCUCGUCUGUCGUGUCAGCAGCUGCCGGUGCCCCUGCAAAGUCGCCUCGAAAGGCUACAUCCACUGCAAGCUUAGCCUCCGUCGCGGGACAUAGCGGUGGCGUCCAGCGAGCCGCAGCUGUUCCAUCUGCAUCCCGCGCCCGCAAAACUUCAGCUCAGCCUGGUGCGCCGGCAGCCCAAGUUUCGCGUCAGCCACUCACUACAACGAGCGGCCUCAACAUGACGGAAACCAUAUCGAGACCUGUCGAAAAGUCUUCGCCUACAUCUAGUCGCUCAUUAGCAGCAACCGAUCUUGUGAGCCUUGCGCUCAAUGGUAUCAGCCUUACCCAUGGUAUACCUUGCGUCGUUUCGCCUUCUGUUGGCGCUGGUAAUGCGCAAAAGCGCGCCUUACGCUUCCGAGCUGCGGUCAAGUACAUCGGCCCUCUAGAAGGCCGAUCAGGCGCUUGGGUGGGCGUGGAAGUCCCAACACCGCUACCUCAAGGUCUUGAGAGCUUGUCUAGGAAUCUUAACGACGGCAUCUUUUCUGGCAAGCAGUACUUCGAACUCGGACAGCGGCCGCUGCAUGCUGAAACGCAACCUGCCGUCGUUCUACCCGCAAGAGAGGCGCGACAGCUCAGAAUAGCGCAAAUUGUUGGGGAAAGGCACGCGCAGAGGCUGGGCGAGAAUGUUCCGCCGCAAGCGCGAAUUGCAAGCGGAGUCAAAUCGGGUACGCUCUCGAAGGAACCCGUCAGCGCGCAACCGGGCAACACUGCCGGGCUAUUCUUGCGACCUGCCGAGGUGUUGUGGGUCGUGACCUAA